ACGCACAGAGGACAGCACACAGUAUUGCGGGAACUGAAAGCAAACCGAAAAAGAAACAGAGAAGAGAGGGAGACAGAGUCCUCACUCCCACACUCUCACUCUUGUCUUCCAGUCCCUCCCAGCGCCUUUCUUGGAUCGCGAGGAAACCACUCGGGAAAAUUUUGCAAUUGUAGAGAACCGUAUCGACCGUCGACGAGGGUGCAUGGUGUUGGCCAUGGGUCACGGCAGGGAACAGAGACGAGCAGGGAGGCAGCAAUGGAGGCGCUCGUCCCCCCGCUCAUUGAUCCUGCUCUCGCUGUAAGAUAGUCCCGCGGUGCCCUCUCUGAAUUUCACUCCAUCGAACUCGACAUGAAGCGGCCACGCGGCGGCAGUCCGUCCUCCCUCGCUGCGAUGACCAAUCCGGAUGGUGAUGGUUACGGCGUGGUCGGGAUGGAGGCGGCGGACGCGGACGCCGACGCGGACGAGGAGAUGAUGGCGUGCGGCGGCGGCGGCGGGGAGAAGAAGCGGCGCCUUAGCGCCGAGCAGGUGCGCGCGCUGGAGCGGAGCUUCGAGGUGGAGAACAAGCUGGAGCCGGAGCGCAAGGCGCGGCUGGCGCGCGACCUCGGCCUGCAGCCGCGCCAGGUCGCCGUCUGGUUCCAGAACCGCCGCGCACGCUGGAAGACCAAGCAGCUGGAACGCGACUACGCCGCGCUCCGCCACUCCUACGACGCGCUGCGGCACGACCACGACGCGCUCCGCCGCGACAAGGACGCGCUCCUCGCCGAGAUCAAGGAGCUCAAGGCGAAGCUGGGGGACGAGGAGGCGGCGGCGAGCUUCACGUCGGUCAAGGCGGAGCCGGCGGCCUCGGACGGGCCUCCCCCCGUCGGGGUGGGGUCGUCCGAGAGUGACUCCAGCGCGGUGCUGAACGACGCGGGCCCGCCCGUGCCGGAGGCGCAGCCUGUGCCGGAGGUACAGGGCACUCUUCUUGACGACGCGCCGUGCGCCGUCGUCGCCGGCGCCUCGGCGGCGGCCGCGAACCAUGGCGGGGUGUUCUUCCACGGGAGCUUCCUGAAGGUGGAGGAGGACGAGACGGGGCUCCUGGACGACGACGAGCCGUGCGGCGGGUUCUUCGCCGUGGAGCAGCCGCCGCCGAUGGCGUGGUGGACCGAGCCCACGGAACACUGGAACUGAUGAACCGAGGCCGGCGGAUGAUGAUGCCGUCCGACCGCAGCGUAGGCUCGGGAUCUGGGCCGCCGAGGGGUGGGGGAAUAAAGAAUUCAGAGCGAAACACGGGGGCUAUUCUGCAAAUUUUGUAAAAUGGAGUUGUACCCGCCCUCUUUUUGUCAAUUCUCGCGCGUUUUAGCAGUACUGUAGUAGUCUAGGAACCCCAGUCGAGCUCAGUACAACCCUGGUUGCGUUUGGACUCCAGUGCAAAAAUGCAAGGAAAAGCUAGACAUGAGACCAAAACUGAUGCAGAGGAGAGAUAGGGACAGUGAGAAGAGUGUAGAGGAAGAGCUGAGCGAGGUAGGAAGGACAGUCUGUACGUCACUGUUAGUGGGCCCAGGGCCACGUGAAAGUCAGGCAUUGUUGGCGCCCCAUUGACCGCCGGACUUGUCAGUGACGCGGAUCGGCGACGUGAACGUGUCUGGCCCGUGCGCUCCCCCCAUGGGCUAUAUGGGCCCAUGGCCUCUUCCGCGAAAGCGUGGCUCCUCCGUCGACCUGUUGUGCACCUCUGUAUCUGAUUUUUUGGAAGCUCACCGCUGGAUCGCUGGCCUCUAGCGCCAACUGAGCCGUGGCCCGUGAGAAAUGGCGAUCGCUUAUGUGCUCUCUUGCUCAAAAGCAACUGGCCGUGA